CCCUUCCACAAUGGCCGAAACGUGCUACGGCGCGACCGUCUGCCGAUGCUAUCGAAUCGUCCGGAGAAAGCAUCGGCAGAGAGAGAGAGACGAGCAACGGAGCAACGCCUCGAACGUAUAGACCCAUCACGCCAUACAUCAACACCCGAGUGCAAUGCCGACCAACGCAGCUGCCGCGCCCAUGACGAACGCAAAGGCUACCUGUGCACGGUCCGCCGCGGAGGUCGUACUGGUGCUGGUGCUGGUACCUGUUGUGUUCGCACUUGACGACGUGCUCGACGCAGAAGUAACGCUCAGGACCGCGGUGGAGGACGUGGACGUCGCGCUGGAAGUAAAUGCAGACGAGGUGGAUGCCGAAAGGGAGGUCGUAGCAAAGCUGAGGGAGGUGCUUAUGGACGCUAGCGCGCAGAAGCGGUCCGCGAGGGACUCGGCGGAGGAAAGGCUCGCGGGGCAAUUGGAGGCCAUGCAGGAGGUGAGGUUCCCAAUGAAGAGGGUUGAGUUUGAUCCACAGAAGCAGUCUACCUCCACGACACUGUCACACCCAGCAUUGGCAACCGCCGAGUCAAGGCAGGUGUCCACGCAGGUCGAGUACCCGCUCAGGCUGGGAUACGACGCCGUACUCGUUGACGACAAAUUCGCUCCUGAGCUGCUGCUCGCGCUCGACGCCGAGCUCAAGUUCACGCUCGCGCUCGCGCUCGCGCUAACGGUUUCCGACGCCGACACGGAGACCGAACCGGAAGACGAGAGGGAGUCCGCUCCCCAGACAGGCGAGACGAGGAGAAGGAGCGAGAUGGGAAGUGAAGAAAGUAGCAUGGCGCUGGAGUCGGUCGAAGGCCAGCAGGGGUAUGAAAGGAGAGGUUGAAGUUGAAUACGGGGGGGGGGAAGCAAGUGGGUGAAGAGGAAUCGUUCAAUUUGGGACUGACUGGGAACACAGCCAGGCGAGAAUAACUUCUAUUUUGGGUACAUCGUGGUCACAGGAUCCCGCAGCUGGGCCUGCGCACUGCGCACGUCGAACGCCGAACAUGUUGCACGAAUUCGACUAUUAAUUCAAGGGGUAGUCUUCGAUUUUCAACGUUGUAGGCAAGCAACAUAUUCAAAUAGUCCUUGAGCAGGGCCACUCGACCGUCUUUAGUACGCAUCAAUUGAAAUUGCG